GAGAUGAGAUUGAGCAUGCGCAGCAGCAACACCAUCAGGACCAGAGGACUGUCGGAAGCCUGCGAAGCGAUGCGAAAAAAUGGUGCAUGUAAACACGUUGAUGGAGAGUUCUAUUUAUGCACUGACUGCGUGCAUCUGAAGAAGAAUAGCGUAUGUCAAAGGGUUAUUACGAGGAAACAACUGGGAAGGUCGUUACGCGCGCCAAACGCCGACGCUGCGUAAAAACGGAUGAAACGUUAGCAACACGGACGCGACGACAAUAAUAGCUUACAUAUAUUUAUUUAUUUAUUAUUCCGGGAAGACGUUUACACCUGCCGUUCUUUGGGGGGGAAAUACAUUAACAGUCUUUUGCAGUAUAUGUCAUCCCAUGUGACGGGCUUUCAUGGUUAAAUAGUCUCUGGCGCCUAGUAGUGGGAUGCACAUCAGUGUCCUGCCCUACUCCUUCUCCGUCGCAAUGGCCGCUCUAUAUCAGGUCACGGACGUGUCCUCUCCGGAUAAAUUUCUGGCCCUGAAAGACGUGAGGGAGGUGAAGGAGGAGACUACUCUGGAUGAAAAGCUCUUCCUACUGGCCUGUGAGAAAGGUGACUACUACAUGGUGAAGAGACUGCUGGAGGAGAAGACAGAGCUCAAUAUCAACUGUGUAGACGUGCUGGGGAGAGACGCUGUCACCAUCUCUAUAGAGAACCAAAACCUGGACAUCCUUAAGCUUCUGCUGGAGCACGGCUGCCAGGCAACAGAUGCUCUGUUAGUGGCCAUUGACUCGGAGGUGGUGGGAGCUGUGGACAUCCUCCUCAACCAUCACCCCAGGAGGUCCUCGAAGCCCUCCAUCGCUAAACUAAUGCAGCGCAUCCAGAACCCUGAGUACUCCACCACCAUGGACGUGGCUCCAGUGAUCCUGGCGGCCCAUAGGAACAACUAUGAGAUACUGACCAUGUUGCUGAAGCAGGAUAUCUCCCUGCCCAGGCCUCACGCUGUGGGCUGCGAGUGUACUCUCUGUAAUGCCAAGAACAAGAAGGACAGCCUACGGCACUCCAGGUUUCGUCUGGACAUCUACAGGUGCCUGGCCAGCCCAUCUCUGAUUAUGCUGACUGAGGAGGACCCCAUCCUCAGGGCCUUUGAGCUGAGUGCAGACCUCAGGGAGCUCAGCCUGGUCGAGGUGGAGUUCAGGAAUGACUAUGAGGAGCUGGCUAAGCAGUGUAAGAUGUUUGCUAAGGAUCUCCUGGCCCAGGCACGUAACUCCAGAGAACUGGAGGUGAUCCUCAACCACAUGGCCAAUGAGGACACAGUGGACAAGAGAGGCCUGAUGGAGGAACGCAUGAACCUCAGCCGACUCAAACUAGCUAUCAAGUACAACCAGAAAGAGUUUGUGGCCCAGUCCAACUGCCAGCAGUUCCUCAACACCGUCUGGUUCGGCGAGACGGCCAGCUACCGGCGUAAACACACGUGUCUGAAGAUGUCCACAGUACUGAGCGUGGCGGUGCUGUGGCCGCUGCUCUCCCUGUGCUACCUGGUGGUGCCGCGCUCCCGCGUGGGCCAUAUCAUCCACACGCCCUUCGUCAAGUUCAUCAUACACAGUGCCUCCUACUUCACCUUCCUCCUGCUCAUCAACCUGUACUCUCUGGUGUACAACGAGGGCAAGAAGAACACCAUGGGCCCUGCCCUGGAGAUGAUCGACUACCUGCUCAUACUCUGGAUCAUAGGGAUGGUGUGGUCGGACGUGAAGCGUCUAUGGUACGAGGGCUUGGAGGACUUCCUGGAUGAGUCGAGGAAUCAGCUGAGCUUCGUCAUGAACUCUCUCUACCUGUCCACCUUCGCCCUCAAGAUAGUGGCUCACAGCAAGUUUAAGAACGUGGAGGACACAGAGAGGAAAAAUUGGGAUGCCUUCCACCCCAUCCUUGUGGCUGAGGGGCUGUUUGCCUUCGCUAACGUCCUGAGCUACCUACGACUGUUCUUCAUGUACACCACCAGCUCAAUACUGGGCCCACUGCAGAUCUCCGUUGGCCAGAUGCUGCAGGAGUUUGGUAAGUUCCUGGGUCUGUUUCUGCUGGUGCUCAUCUCUUUCACCAUCGGCCUGACGCAGCUCUAUGGGAAGGAUCAGAAGGACCCGGCCAAGAGUCCCGCCAAAGACUGUGAGGGCAUCUUCUGUCAGCAGCAGAGCAACGACGCCUUCCACACGUUCAUGGGAACGUGCUACGCACUGUUUUGGUACAUCUUCUCUCUGGCCCACGUGGCUCUCUUCGUGACCCGGAUCAACUACACGGAGGAGCUGAGGUCAUUUGUGGGAGCCCUCAUCGUGGGCACGUACAACAUUGUGGUGGUCAUCGUUCUCACCAAGCUGCUGGUCGCCAUGCUCCACAAGAGCUUCAGGCAGAUCGCUAACCACGAGGAUAAGGAGUGGAAGUUUGCCCGCGCCAAGCUGUGGCUGAGCUACUUUGACGACAAGUGUACCCUGCCGCCGCCCUUCAACAUCCUACCCUCCCCCAAGACUGUGUGUUACCUUCUGACCAGUAUGAGUAAAUGGAUCUGCUCCCACACCUCCACGGGGAAGGUCAAGAGACAGAACAGCCUCAAGGAGUGGAGGAACCUGAAGCGGAAGCGUGAUGAGAACUACCAGAAGAUCAUGUGUUGUCUUGUCCAUCGCUACCUGACGUCCACCAGGCAGAAGAUGCAGAGCACCGACCAGGCCACCGUAGAGAACCUCAACGACCUGCGGCAGGACCUCUCCAAGUUCCGCAACGAGAUGAGAGACCUGCUGGGAUUCAGAACCUCCAAGUACGCCAUGUUCUACCCCCGGAGCUAAGACUGACCUGAUCUGAACCUCAACCCAACCUCAACCCAACCAUGUUCUACCCUUGGAGCUAGAACUGAUCUGGUCUUAACCUACACCCAACCUCAACCCAACCAUGUUCUACCCUUGGAGCUAGAACUGAUCUGGCCUCAACCUACACCCAACCUCAACCCAACCAUGUUCUACCCUUGGAGCUAGAACUGAUCUGGUUUCAACCUACACCCAACCUCAACCCAACCAUGUUCUACCCUUGGAGCUAGAACUGAUCUGGUUUCAACCUACACCCAACCUCAACCCAACCAUGUUCUACCCUUGGAGCUAGAACUGAUCUGGUCUGAACCUACACCCAUCCUCAACCCAACCAUGUUCUACCCUUGGUGCUAGAACUGAUCUGGUUUCAACCUACACCCAACCUCAACCCAACCAUGUUCUACCCUUGGAGCUAGAACUGAUCUGGUUUCAACCUACACCCAACCUCAACCCAACCAUGUUCUACCCUUGGAGCUAGAACUGAUCUGGUUUCAACCUACACCCAACCUCAACCCAACCAUGUUCUACCCUUGGAGCUAGAACUGAUCUGGUCUCAACCUACACCCAACCGGCCAGCUAAGACUGGUCUCAACCCCAACAUAAACCCCAACCACCUCUGUCAGCUUCUUCACCCAGGGGGUCCUAUCUCUGACCCUAGCAUGCUCAGAAAUGACCUUGUGUCCAGUCACAGAGAGACAUUUAAACCUGGAACUCCACUGGAAAUAUAUAUAUAUAUUCUGCACCAAAGUCUCCAGAUUCCUUAUGUAAUAAUAUUCAGUCAUCCUACUUGUUUUCUAAAAUUGUCAUUGUUUUCAACAAUGGACUUAAUAAAAUGUAAUGGAAAAUACA